UCUCACUGCGCAUGCGCGGCUCAGGGAGCGCGCAGCACGUCGAUCGCUGGUGCGCUGUGUCCCUCGGACACAACGGAUCACGGAAAGAGCCGAAGAUGUCGGUUCGGUCAUGUGAUCAGCUGUGUCCACUCACAGCUGAUCACAUGGGACAUGUACACUGAUCAUCAGGGCACUGAUGAUCAAUGUGCCCUGAUGAUCAGUGUGGCCCCAGAAGUGCCACCUGUCAGUGCUCAUCAGUGCCUUGUGCCAGUGCCCAUCAGUGCGACGUGCCAGUGCCCAUCAGUGCCACAUCAAUGCCACAUAUCAGUGCAUACCAGUGCACAUCAAUGCCACAUAUCAGUGCCCAUAUGAACUGCCUUUCAAUAUCACUCAUCAGUGCCAGUCGCCAGUCAGUGCUGCCUAUCAGUGCCAUAUAUCAGUG